CAAAUGGCAGGGAAAGGUCGUUGGAAGAACUAACACAUUAGCAAACCAAUCACGUGAUUUUCCAUGUGGCUACUAAAGCUUUUUGAACGGACACCCCCUCAAUCUUUCUCACAACUGAAAUAAAGCUCUCUUCACAUCCACUAUGGCAACAAAAGAAGAUGUAGUAGUUGAGAGUCCAGAUGUGCACUUUGAACCCGUUGUCAAGUUGGCCCCAGUGGAGAUAAAGACCCUCGAAGAAAAUGAAGACGAAGUAUUUAAAAUACGUGCAAAGUUGUUUCGUUUUGACGCGGCUGCUGACCCCCCAGAGUGGAAGGAGCGGGGGACAGGGGACGUCAAGUUCCUUAGAAAGAGGAGCACCACUAAACACUCUGUCAGAUUGCUCAUGAGACGAGACAAGACUCACAAAAUAUGCGCCAAUCAUUACUUAACCCCGGACAUGAAGCUAAUGCCAAGUGCCGGAUCAGACAGAGCUUUUGUGUGGAACGUUCAGGCUGACUUUGCUGAUGAGGAGCCUAAACCAGAGCAACUGGCGAUUCGUUUCAAAAAUGCAGAAAAUGCUGGAAAAUUCAAGGAUGCUUUUGAGAAGUAUCAAAAUGAAGUAUCAGUAGGAGACACAUCAACAGAUUCGUUGGAGAGUACAGAAGACGUACAGAAUGAAACAACACCUGACAAGAAACCAGAGGAUGCUAUCGCUGAGAAAUUGGAUCAGCUAACAGUCAAAGAAACUGAGCCAAAGUCAACAGAUAGUGCUAGCCCUGCUGAAAAGACUGCCUCUAGUUCACAAGAAACUGUUGAACCAUCUGACUAAACAGUUUUAUAAAUAAUAAAGUUUUCUGUAUAAGUUCAAA